CAGCGUGAACUCUUCGGCCGCGAUGACGUAGCGACGGAUGAACAACAAAACAGUUGUGGGGCUUGAAGUGUGUGUCUGUGUGUCUGUGGGGUCGUGUUUUUCUAUGUGCUCGCCUGCGGCCACCUCCGUGUUUCGCCAUCAUACGGACGCAGAAUCGCGCUGUUAACACCUUCAACCCGAGGCGCUUUGUCGUGGAGGCUUUGGGCGCCCCGGCUCGCCCGUUCGGCCGCCCGCAGCGCGGGCAGCUCGUCAUGACGGCCGACUUUCCUCAGCCGACCCGAGGACUGAGAGGCGCCGCUCUUCGGUGACAGAGAGUCAAAUUUGCACCUCCUCCGCUUCGACAUACCCGCACCGAGCCGCCUGGAAACACCGAGCGGCACGGUCGGUGUCAGUUUAGCGCUUUUGGUCCAAAAUACUUCGCUUAUUUCUCACUUUUCACGCAAAUGAAACGGUCUUGGCGCAAGCUAGCCAGAGCUGUAGCCGCCGCCGCUGCUGCUAACAGUCAGCUAACGUAAUGGAAGCGCCGUGAGAGACUCCCCCCCUCAUUAAUGUCCUGUAUUUCUUGCUUUUUGUCAAUAGUUUAUUCGAUCUAGAUACUUAUUAGGUCUGUGUUGACGCGAAGGAGAAGUCCGGUCUAGCUACGUUCGCAUUGCUCCCGGUUGAAACUGUACGAACUAGUGUUGUUAUUGAAUCCAGUGGAACAGGAUCCUGACAGAAAACAGCUAUGUGGGGUUUGGACGUUAUGCUGCCCAGGUGAUUUGGAAACGAGGGAAGGUAGUGCUUUCAGUGACAUCUGUAUAAUUUAUAUUUCACAGUAGGUGCUUCUCUGGAAAGGUGAAGGAGUCUCGAGUGCGUUUACAGCAGCGCAGGCUUUUCUGUUUUGCUGGUACAAAGAAGGCAACAACAAAGUGGGACUCCGUGCAGCCUCGGAGUCACAAGACUGAGUAAUACUGCACAAGACUGAAUAAUACUGCACAAGACUUAAUAAUACUGCACAAGACUGUCCAAGUUCAUAUUAGUGGACAUGCGUGUGUGUAUUGGAAGUAAGUGGUGUUAUUUAAAAUGUUGAAUCCAAAGUUGCACUUAUCAGAAAGGCGCUGAACUGUUUUUUUUCUGUUCUGAGAGAAAUUAUUAUAGUAAUUAUUAGACAACAUAGACUAUACAAAGUACAUAGGAGUACAUAGACUAUACAAAACUACUCAGAGUCCAGUUUCUCAAGGGGGCAGUCGGUGGUGUGCUGCGGCUCUACUGAAAUGAGAAGAUGAAUAGUGAGGAUCAAGCUCUAGAUUUAUGCAAUGCAAAUGUAAAAACCGGCGUCGACACUGCAGCACACGUCUCGGAGGAGAUCAUUCCACGCAACAGCCUUCGUUUGAUGGACGGGGAUGCAGGGAAGCAAGCAGGUGAUGCAGAGACUCUUGCUGAUGAUGCUCUGGCAAGAGUGACGGACUGUCAUGUGGGGGACAAGGACAACGAUGGCAAGAAAGGCAAAGAAGAGCUGUUUCCACAGAACAACAAUGGGCUCGCCGUUGACUGCAGGUCGAACGGCAGCGAACAGCAGGAAAGUAGCAGAGAGAAGUCGCAGUUUACUGCGGCCGACGACGGCGACAUGGACAUCGGUGUGGAUUUAAGUCUGGACGAAAGUGGAGUUUUGGAGUCCGAACCGCCGACGGCUUGUGGGACCGCUUUAAGUGAGGAAGGUGCCUCUGGUUGUACUGGUGCGAAGCCCUUAACGUUGGACACCGAUGCAAACAAGGAUGUGCAGAAACCCUCAGAAGGGGGCGAUGGGAUGCCUCCUGGUUUAACGAGUGUGGAGGUUCUUACUCCGUCUCCGGCCCAGGAAGAGGGCGUAGGGCAUAAACAUGGAGCCAAGAGGGUAACGUUUCCUGCUGAUGAGGAGAUCGUCUCCGGAUCGGUUGAGCCCAAGGACCCAUGGCGGCAUGCCCAGAAUGUGACGGUGGAGGAGAUUCUGAACGCCUACAGACAAGCCUGCCAGAAGCUCAACUGCAAACCCAUCCCCAAAGUGCUCAAACAGAUCCAGGACUUGACAGAGCUGACUCAGCGAAAUGAGUGCUUGGAUCUUAAAGGCGAGAAGUUGGACUAUAAAGCAUGUGAGUCCCUGGAGGAGAUCUUUAAGAGAGUGCAGUUUAAAGUGGUGGACCUGGAACAGACCAACCUGGAUGAGGAUGGAGCCUCAGCGUUGUUUGAUAUGAUUGAGUACUAUGAAUCAGCCACGCACCUCAACAUCUCCUUCAACAAGCACAUCGGCACCCGUGGCUGGCAGGCUGCCGCCCACAUGAUGAGGAAGACAAGUUCCCUGCAGUAUUUGGACGCGCGGAACACCCCUCUGCUGGACCACUCGGCUCCCUUCGUGGCCCGAGCUUUGCGCAUCAGCGGCAGUCUGACGGUGCUGCACCUGGAGAACGCUGGCCUAUCUGGACGCCCACUGAUGCUGCUGGCCACAGCUCUGAAGAUGAAUAUGAACCUGCGUGAGCUGUACCUGGCUGAUAAUAAGCUGAACGGCCUGCAGGACUCGGCUCAGCUGGGCAACCUUCUCAAAUUCAACUACAACAUCCAGAUCCUUGACCUGAGGAACAACCACAUACUGGACUCAGGGUUGGCGUAUGUGUGUGAGGGUCUGAAGGAGCAGAGGAAAGGCCUGGUGACUCUGGUGCUCUGGAACAACCAGCUCACACACAACGGCAUGGGUUACCUCGCUGCUGCACUGCCGUGCACACAGAGUCUGGAGACUCUGAACCUUGGCCAUAAUGCAGUCAGCAAUGAGGGAGUGCACAAACUGAAGGACGGCCUGAUAGCCAACCGCUCCGUCCUCCGGCUUGGCCUGGCCUCCACCAAGCUGUCCUGUGAAGGGGCUGUAGCUGUGGCCGAGUUUAUUGCUGAGAGCCCACGGCUUUUGCGGCUGGACCUGCGGGAGAACGAGAUCAAGACCGGCGGGCUUAUGGCCCUAUCCCUUGCCCUGAAGGUCAACACUUCACUGCUCCGUCUCGACCUGGACCGGGAGCCCAAAAAAGAGACGGUGAAAAGCUUUAUUGAGACACAGCGCGCCCUGCUGGCAGAGAUCCAGAAUGGCUGCAAGCGGAACUUCAUUCUGGCUAAAGAGAAGGAGGAGUCGCAGCAGCUGAUGAGGCAAUCAGCCUCCAUGGCAGAAAUUGCCACUGAAGAGCCACCUCCGGAGGAAGAGGAGGAAGACCCCGCUGCGUCGGGAGACCAAGGAGAGAGAGAAAAGACUGCGCCUGAGGGAGACGAAGAUGAGGAUGGCAGUGAGAAGCCAGCCGAAAGCCAAGAGGAUGAAGCUAAACCAGCAGCCACACAGGAUGAUUCAGAUUCAGAUACUGAUGAUGACGAAGAAGAAGCUGAUGCCGAAGUGGUGAAAGCCACGGUGCAGACAUCACCCCUAAAACAAACCCCACCCCCAGUCUUAGCAGUGACCACACCUCUCUGUGCCUCUCAGACUGGCUUAGUCCCCAGCCCCGCCCCCAGCCCUACCCCUAGCACCUCUGAGAGCCCAACUGUGGUUUCAAGCAUCACGGUGACGGAGGCCACCGUGCCUGCAGGCGCCCCACCCUCCCCUGGCCGCUGCAUCUCUGUGUCCAGCCCUGGGAGGGGUCAUAAGAUCUUCAUGGUAACUCGUGUGGAGAGUCCACCAGAACAGCAGCAGCCACUACUUGCACUGGCCAAGAGCCUCCAGGAGAGGACGCAAGAGAGCAAAACUGCAGUACCCAAGCCGCCAGAGCUACCCAGUCCUAAAGCACCUUCUGAACCAUCUGCGCCACAGUUUGAGGAGAAGCAUCCAAGUGCUGAGAAAGCUGCUUCAGCUCAGCAGACCAAUGAGAAAUCUUCACAAAACCCAUCAGAGCCAUCCCAGCCUCGACAGACACCGCCAGCAGAGCCUGUACCUCAGCCACAGCAGCAAGAGGCUCAGGGUAUUAUUACAGACCACCACAGAGCAGCAAUCUUCUACGGUCAGCAAUAUGGAGCUGGCCACCACCCAGCUGGAACAGCACCAGAGGGUGGCGGCUAGUGAGGACGCAGCAGAGACACUGACAGAGAAUGAAAUUCAAAGCCAGCAGACUUCAAUACAAGGAGCCAUGCAGGAACUUCUCAGUGAGGGGCUUCCGGAGAACAACGUCUCUCCCUCUCUGGUAGAGCGACUAAUAGAUA